AUACAUCAUUUGUUUAUAUUUAAUAUUGAUGAUUUUCAUGAUAUUCAUGAAAAAAGAAGGCCAGAUGCUACAUUUUUAUCAACAGUAAAACAUUUUGCAAGUUGUAUAGCUAAAAAAGUUGAAUGCCAUCCAGUUUCAGCAAUGAAUGAACAAGUUUCAAUACAUAAUCCUAAUAAUAUAGAAGCCCAUAAAAUCCAACAUUAUCUUAUUAAUAAAUAUAAAGGAACUUUUGAUAUUAGAAAACAUGAAGAAAGAUCAAUGAAGGAUGAAAUAUCAAUUAUACCUACCUCUUUUAUAUCUUUCAAAUUUCGUGGGAUCUAA